CACCUCCCCGUCACCCCGCUUUGUUGAUCAGGAAGUCGGGACCAGACUCCGUGUUUUCCUCCCGGUAAACCGGCUCCUGCUCCAGUUUUCUCCCAGUAAACGGAGGCAGAAAGCGGCCAGAAGCGGGGACAGCUCGCCGGGAUGGAGGAGUACCAGAACGGCAGCGAGGGUUCAUUCAGCUCAGAGGAGGCGGAGAGCAUCGUUAAGGAGGGCAUCGACGGCGUGCUGGGAGGCGACGACUACAGCCAGAACCACGUGAACAAGUGGACCGCCACCAUCGUGGAGCGCUGCCUCACUCAGCUCGUCAAACUGGGCAAACCCUACAAAUACAUCGUGACGUGUUCCGUGAUGCAGAAAACCGGCGCCGGCCUCCACACGGCCAACUCCUGCUACUGGGACACCAGCCUGGACGGCAGCUGCACCGUCAGGUGGGAGAACCGCACCAUGUACUGCGUGGUGAGCGUCUUCGCCGUCGCCAUCGCUUAGGACCCAGACGCCAGGCGCAGCGGCCAGAGGAGGGCAGCAGGGGGAGACGGCGUGCCGCAGGCUGGACGCUGAGCCUCGUUAUUUAAACUCACGUCUGUCUGCAGCAUGAAGGAAAGAGACUUUCUGUGAGAGCUGCUGCAUAAUAAACACAAACCCUGGACCAAA